UCAAAGAUGGCGGUGAUGAGUACGCCAUAUUUUUUGUGAUGUUCGCGCAUUAGGCAAAUUUUUGUGAAUUGUAAGCUGUAUGAGCAAAAUGGCUGAUGAUCCGUGGUUAUUGAAGGAAGACAGUUAUUUAAAUGUGGACACCGAGUGUAAAAGUAUAAUCUAUCAUGCUAAUCUAAAUGUGUUAUUAAUUACCACUGGCAGUGCGCAAGUAUACGUAUUUGAUGUCAACUCAGGAGUAAUUUUGCAAAAGAGUUCUUUAUCCGGAAAAUUAAAUGGAAAGUUUCAAGGCACGUAUUUAUCAAAUGGUGUAGAUAAAAUAUUGUAUACAGAUGGGAGAGGAAUUGGAGUUCGUAGUGAUUACAAUGGUGUACUCCUUUUGGAUACUCUGUUACAAACGCCUGUCUCAAGGAGUGAAGAUACUGUAAAAUUGGAAUUAUUGUUUUCUGAAGCUACUUUGUUAUAUCAGUGUCUACGUAGCGUAGACAUACCAGGCAUAGAUCAUGUGCAAGAAGUGCAGGAAGAAUUGAUGAAUAAAACUUUUGCAAGAGAGGCGAAACGGAAAAGAGGAAUAAAAGCUCAAAAAUGGAACACAGUAUGUUUGGAAUUACCACAUGCUUCUCUGAAGCUUGUGUGCUCAGGAUUAGUAACAGAAUUGACAUUCAGGAUUAGCAAAGGAUUAGUAACGGAAGCAAAGGGUAUAAGCAGAUAUAUUCCAGCAUUGCCGAUUGCUUCUGCCAUUACAGAACGAUUAAAUGGCCUACUGCCAGGCCUGCCAUUAGAAGGUCCCGUUGACAAGGCGUUAAUGUUCAGCGAAGCAACGCGUCGAGAUACUUUCUCAAAAUGGCCACAUAUGAAUUACAAAUGGGCUCUGCCCGAUCAAAUGGCUCAGGCUGGUUUUUAUCACCAACCAAACACCAAAGGUGACGAUAGGAUAAUGUGCUUUACGUGCAACAUCUGUCUAGUUUGUUGGGAACCGCCAGAUGAGCCUUGGUCAGAACACGAACGACAUUCCCCGGGGUGUCCGUUCGUGAAAGGAGAGUACACGCAAAAUGUUCCUCUGUCUGUUAUCCUCGCCACUGCUCCUGCGCGCGAGGUCGGAGACUCCGUAGAUUUGAUUAGCACUACGAACGUCGCCGGCCUCGUAGCUACAGCUUCCAGUGGCGGGUCCAUUAACAUUUGGAAUGUAACAAAUCAAUUAAAGAGGGAAGUAUCUUUUUACGUGGAUCAGGAAAUAAACAACAAAGAUUCCGUUCAGUUCGGUUCUUCAAGAAAUUUGACGUCAUAUUUAAGGACGCUUAAUUCCGAGACGGAUCCCCUUUCUGAUUAUCAGCAUCCAACUUCUCACAACGUACAGGUCACAGCAUUGUCCGUGAUAGGUCCUCCCGUAUCAGAAAACAGCGAAGCAAAAACAUCUGGUUCCACACCUGGAGAAGGAUCAGACUCGAAGAUCAGGCCGUGUGUAGUGUGUGCUGUUACCGUGACAGUUAGCAAUUCACCGCAGUUAAGGACUUUAGAGAACGUGUGGGCUGCUUCAACAGAUUUAGCUUCGUCGUCGUCUCUUGUUCGCGCGAUGAACAGUGUAAAUAGUGCUGCCAGUGAUACUUUAGAUAUAAUGAAGGUAGCAGGUGAUAAGUAUACACCGUCGAGAUUGCACUAUUUAGUAUUUUAUGAUUUCCAUCACAAAACCGUGACCACGCAACCGAUAAAAGAGGACAACGCUAAAGACACGAAGGCUAAGAAGACACUGUCGGGAACAGGUACCAGUGCCAGUUCAAACGGGGAACGUCAAGAGAACUUGAAGUAUCAAGGUAUUUUCGUUGGUAAAUUUUUUUACGAGGUUCCCGUAAUAGAGGACGUAGACUCGGACGUGGUCGGCCCGCAUUUCGAUGGUAUUUUUUCGUCGUCCGCUCUCACCGCAUCGUCUUCGAACGGGAUUUACUCGAACCCGAUCGGUAUCACGGUACCGCCGACUUCGAGCUCGUUCGACGCCAACUUUAAUCCUAUCAACGGUCCGGAGCAGUUCGCGUCAACGUCAGACUUGACGACCGUCAGUAAAAAGAGUUUGGAUAUCAUGAAAAUAACAAAGACUGAACCAGUUGUUGUAACGACUCUACCCAUCGAAGCUCCCGAUUUCCUUAAAAUCACGCAUGUCGAGCCCACUAAAGAUGGAAAACAUUUAUACGUUGCUAUGUGUCCUAAUACCGAUAACGCAGACUCGCUGACUUCUAAUAAUAAUCAGAUGGACGUUGACGAGGAGAGCGAGUUCUUCGCGCAGAAAAGUUACGUGUACUGGGACCAUAAUGAUACACAAUCUGAUAGACUAAUAAAUGGUAAAAUCCAGGAUGAUGCGAACAACGCGAAUGCCAUAUUGCUCGUCUACGCGUUGGAUUUCUCCGGGCAAGUGGUCAAGCCGUUCUCUGAGCCGGUAGCAAGGCGAGAACUAUCCGCGGACGAAGCUCCUGUCGAACACGUGUUUCUACCUCUUCAAGAAAAUAAUAAAUGGACGCUCUCCGGGGAGAAUUCUAGCAGGAGCUCCGCCGCCGAUUCCGAUUUAUCGGAACCUAUCGGACAAGUGGCCCUAGUAUGCAAAGAUGGUAUUAUCCGAGUAUUAAAUUUAAAUUCAUUAAAAACUGUUAGCGAGGCAAGAGUAGAAGGGAAGAAGUUUGUUUCUGCAGCCUAUUGUAGUAGUUUAGAGAGAUUGUGUGCGUGUACGAAGGACGGUGCGCUUCACUUUUUUAUUACCACGGACGAAGAGGAUCCUACGGAAAAUACGAAGGAUAUUGAAGAUAUUAAUAUGAUGUCAACUGAAGAGAGCAUUAAUAAAAGUACAAUUCCUAGCACGUCGACGUCAUUCACUUUUCAAGAUCAAUUAAUUGCGCACAAAUCAGAUUUCUCAUAUUCGGAUUUACGUACUCUCUACGAAUUGACACGGUUCGAUAAUCAAUCUCCCGCGUUUGGUGCUACCGUGCCUCCCUGCUGGAAUGAAAUGCAAGCUCAAAAACGACGUCGUCACCCUCAGCAUUUUCAUCAAUCGGAGGAUCAACACCACACUCGAACGUGGCGCUUACACAAUGAACGAUCCACUUGGGACGAGCAUAUAUUCGAAUUGACCCUCUCGCGAAGCGCAGCGAGAAACAUCGGUCACGUGGAUGUACGGUAUAGUUUGCACCCGGCUUGUCAAGAAUUACCGUCGAUCCAGAUUACUCUCUUGAAGCAAAAUGUUAAAAGGUUGGGCAAUAACGAGCCUACGUUGACACCUGUCGACGAAAGAAUAGACUUUAAUAUAGGCAACGAGCAGAAGGGAGAGAAUCCCGUGGUCACAGAAGAGUUUCAACGGCAGUAUAACACCGAGAUUUUAUGUGGACCGAUCGAUCUGCAUCGCAGUUUGGACUUGUCCUGGCGUUCUGGUUGUGUCACGUUGACCAGUCCCAAACUGUUCGAAACUAAAGCUAGAACGCUUCUUGUUCAUAUUAAGGCUCUAAUUGAUCCUACGAAGGAUAGCACAACCGGAAAGUCGAAAACGAACUCGUCGGAUAAUAAACCUCCUACAUCUAAAAAGCUAAGAAUAGUUGAAGUACGUCGAUUCGUGGAAGGCGCAAAUAGUAAGAAGUCAGAAGGCUAUAUUGGUUGCGAUUGGCUAUACGAAAUAUCAAUUACCGUUCGAACAGUGUAUCCUACUUCUAUACCACGCGAAAGAGCAGAGCGAUGCGCUUUAUUGGAAUCUCAGAGUUGCUUCGAAAAUUUAUUAAGGGUAGCUUGUUUAGAGACGUCGGAGAAGUCUCCAGUUGCACAAUCAAUUGCGUUAGAUAUCCUCGUAUGGAUCGCCUCUAUUAGAUUAACAAGACUACGUAGCAAUCAGAACAAUGCCAAAAUAAAAACAUUUCAAUUGGAAACAAUUCGUUCGGUCCAGGCACGGUUGUCUAGUUUAUUAAGAACUUGUCUUCUGCAUGCUGGUCGGAGUAUAGCGCACAAGUGUAUAAAAUUAAUCAUGCUUUGUAACAUUGGUUUUUAUAAUUUAGAAGAUCCUCCGUCUCAAACAUUCGACGAAGCGUUGGUGUCUGUUUUGGUAUCGUUGUUACCAUCGAUAGUCGAGGUCGAAUGGGCUGGCUCGCUCCGAUGGUUUCAGCUAUUAAUUAACAGGACAUUGAUACGAGAUAGAAAUCAUAGUAUUGCUCAACAAUGUAUUUCCCUCGUACAACAAAUAGCAGCUGAAAUAUCGAAUCGAGUAAAUCCUUAUCAUUUAUUACUCUCGACGAGAUUCGGUUUGUACAAUUCCCCGUUCGAGACCGAACUGUUCGAUUUGGAAUCGCCGAUGCCUCCCAAAUACAGUCCGAUGCCCCCCACGUACAUGUCAGUCGUGAACGAACAGACCGGGCCGUCAACUGCAUCAUCAAGUUCCAUAUACUCUCAGGAUGCUAUUGAUUUAAGGGACCUACUUACACUGCCUACACAUCCGACUAGUGAACUUCUGGUGUCUAGCAAGUUAAAGGCUUUAUGUUCGAAUCACAAUAUGAAAGGACUACUAGAGGUCGAGCCUCUUCACUUUACUUGUCUCGCUGCUUCUGAGGGCACGAAGCUGGAGAAAAUUGACCCGUGUACGAAUACAAGUAACAUGUCAACUCUUUACGAUAGUACAACUACGAGCAACAACGGCGUACCUGACAUCAAGACUAUUCAUAACUUGGACGCUGGAUCGCUAGGAGCAGAUGUUCAGGCAAAGCCGACACCUAUGUUAAGCGAUCUAUUUAGUCUAUGUACCGGAAGAGCGUUAAAGAAGCCAGCUCCGCAACUGUUGUUCACGCCUGAUGAUCAACCUGUUUGCGACGAAGCUAACGAUAUGUCUGUCAACAAUCAGACAUGGCAUAAUACACAAAACGAUAUGCCUAAUUCACGUAUAUUAAGUUCAGCUACCGUAACGAAAGAAAAAUCGUCCGUUCAAAAUAUCGAUACUACUGUAAACAAAGUUGAAGACAGCAAUUCUAAAAAGCGGAAAGAUGUUACGCUCCCGUGGGGAAGAUUGCUGUCCUGGCCGCUUCAGCAAGCAUUGGUGGUGGACCGGAUGCAUUCUAGCGCACGUCGUUUCGCUAUUCUGGAUUUCGGAUCACCAGUACUUCUGACAGACUUGAUCAUUCCCUCGUGCAGCGAUUUAGCAUCCCUGUCUGUAGACAUAUGGACGAACAAGGAAGAAGUGGAUGGUAUACGACUGAUUGUUGCCGGCGACAUCGGGAACAAAUCAUUGGUCGUAUGCGAUCUUCAACCACCACCCGUUUGUAGAUACCUAAAGAUCACAAUCAUAGGUCGAUACGGGAUGUGUCCUACUAUGUGUAGAAUACCGUUAGGGAUUUUCUACGGGCACAUGAUGGUCUUACCCGGAGAAGACUACGCGGAAUUAGAUAGUAGUUCAACAGCUUUUGAUAAUACUGAUCCUAACGUACAAGCUACUAUCGACACGCAAUGCAAUAUUCUAUCAGCCCUCGCGAAAGAUGUGCAGUGCAGAUUUAGCCUAGCUACUGAGAAACUGAAAAGCCUAUUGGAUCCACUGUUGUGUUCAGAGACUACCAAUGUCAUGCACAUGCAGCAUUACCUAUCUUUUAGUAAAGCACCUAAUGAAAUUAAAGAGCCACAGACUGCGAAAAUAUUGGCUACCUAUCAUGAAUGCAUAAUGUACCAACAUCAACUGAAUGUCGUGCGUAGCGUGUGGAGACGAUUAGAGUCGUGGAAGGGCUCGCAGACUCUACCAACGAUGUCUUUAGCGAAUGCACCUACGGACAAGCUACGAGCACUCGGGGAAACUUUGCUCGAUAUUAUUUUGUUCGCAGUAUGCGAAAUUGAUUUGAUACCUAGCAUACCGGCAUCGAUGUGCGACGUCUUUACGCCAACCGUUUGCGAGAAGUUUUUCCAUUCGAUCUGCGUGGUGACACCUGCACCACGUUUACAAUUACAGGCUGUCGCGCUGUUAACGCGUAUGGCUGGUCAUCAGCCGUGGUGGGGCAAUUUCUUGUCUAACGUUUUAAUCAAUCUCUAUUCGUGGUCAUCUAAGCACAUAUUUCCACAAGACAGAGUAUUUAUUUUAUUAACACUUCUUGGACGUAAAUCGUUGAUUGCUGGAGUUAAUAGGUCUUCUGUGAUAGAUGCGAUGGUUCGCACAUUAGGCAAAUUAUUGGAACCAUUAGCGAACGUUCGAACACAUGGUACAAAUCUUUUGGACAAAACACUUAUUAGCUGGGUGCUGCUUUUUUUGUCAGUGUGUUUAGAUACUGUAGCGACCCCGCUUUCUUGCUUGGAUGGAGCUGGUGAGAAAAGUAAAGAACAAGGUUUGUUGUCCCGCUGGGAGUUUAUUCAAGUAGAAUCGGCGAUGCAGAGGAAGUACGGUAACGCAAGUCGCUCUCCGGUUUCUUGCAAUAUGCGUAAAAAACUGCAGAAACACAUAAUGCAUCACAAGCAGCAACUGCAAGAAUUGGAGCAGGCGAAAAAAGCGCUCCAUACAAAAGCGCAGGGACUGUCUAAUUUAUCGUCCCACACCACUUCAUUGUGCAGCAAGAUGAAAGCGACAUUAAAAUCGCAAGAGCAAUUCUUUAAGAAGACGUUCAAACAAAAUUCUACCAAGCAUUUCAAAGAUAUUUUUAGUAUUCGCAAACCUGAUGUGCUGAACACUUCCCGUAGCUCGCAAUUACCACAAAAUCCAAGUUCCAGCAAAUCAGAGACGGCGGAUGUGGAUGUCGAAUAUAUAUCCAACUUGUCACAUCAACACGUUCUGCCUGUUGCUCGUAGACUCAUCACUCUUAUUUUGUACAGUUCUGCUAAUGUGGAUAUGUUCCUACUAGCUUGCAAGGUAGUCGCUAGGCUAGUGAUAUCUACACGUCCUGCAAUUAGCUUGUGCGAGCUUAUGAACGAAGAACUGCUCUUAAAAUUAGUCCAAUUGGCAACGGGCACCUCCGAUGCGGUCUGGAUUUCGCACGCAGUCUCGUGCCUUUUGCAGGAUUUGUUGGAAGGCGGUAAACUAGUUUCAAAAGCAUGUUCUUCUCAUGAAGGGAGUCCUUCCGAUGAAACGUUCGAGCCACUUGUUACCGAGAAAAUUCGAACGCCAGAUGAAGAAUACAGUAGCGUCGCUGAAACGAGCAAUAGCGGCGUUUCGCUUGGUAACGACGAGGGUUUCGCUGAAGGUGAAGGAGAAGAAGACGUUCAAGACUGCGUAGUUGUACCAUCGGCAGGUGCCUCGACCUCCAAAUCAAACGGAUUUCUACCUUCACUUCUCGAGUCCGACGACAGUGAAUUCGAGGACUUGUUGGAUGAUAUUUUGGAACGCGGGAAAAAUAUGUUGAAGAAAGGCCAUCCACUGCCUAAGAACGUGAAUAUGUCUGGAAUUUCGUUGGCAAUGGAUGCGAGAUUGGAAUACGGUGUAGAAAUGGCUAUAGAGCUAUCGUUGAGGACAUUGUCUAUGUUCAGCAUGUACAAUUUACCUUACAGCAUAAGCACUACGCUGCAGGUACCAUCGGAAUCAAACCGAUCUUAUCCGCAACAACCGACGCCGAAAGCUGAAUCGAAUUGGAACGAAAAGACCCAAGAUGUUUGGAAUACCCCUGAUACAACAUCUGCAAGUUUAUUGAUAUUUACCAGAUGUUUCGAUAAGAUAUUCACAGAGCUAUAUUUACAAAAUACGGGAACAAAUUUGGAACUUAUCCUACAACUCUGGUUGACGUUGAAUUUGGACGCUUCCUCGGAUCAAUCGAGUUCCUCCAAUCAGUUUGAUCCUUCGCUCACACCUGUCAUCCCAUUCAGCUCUACAGCCAUCUCCAGCCUGAUAUCUGCAUUAUCUUGGCACCCAGGCGUCUCUUUGCGAGUAUGGUGCCUUGCUCUUCAAUGCUUGACUCUGGGAAGCAACCAAGCGUUCCAUACGGAUCCUACAGAAGCUGCGAACAGCAGACAACAGUUGGAUGGCGUCUUAGGUGGAAUGGCUGGAUGUAUAAUAAAGGAGUCCAACUUGGGCUUUAUGCUUUUGCGUUUACUUUCCGGCAGCGGAUUAAACGUUAACGCCGUAGACAAACACUAUAUCAUGGCUGGCCCUACAGUUUGCCAAGCGCUACGAGAUUUUUUAGCUAGACUAAAGAUGAGAUGCGACGUGUUUACGCCCGGUAGCGCCUUAGGAAAUUCGUUGAAGGAACUCCUAUUAUGGGUGAUUUACCAACUCGUACAACCUGGCGGAGCACUCUCCACGAGAAGAGGACCCUUGGACGCACAAUACAAACUAAUAACAUCUUUGACAAAUUUGAAUUUCACAAAUACUGAUUUGGGGACUGCGAUGAGUAUAACAGAAUGCGUUGGUGUAUUAGUUUCCACUUACGUGAGCAGUUCCGGAGUUGAAGCUGAAUGCGGAGGUACCGUUGAUGUGGCGAAUUCAUCCGGUGGUUUUGGAGGCUUAUUCGCUUGCGUGUUCAGUGGAGAUACCAGGCAGGGUCGUCCAGCUUCGUGGGAUACGUUGGUCGUGGCUCUUAUCAAAUUAGUAUGUCGACUUGUUCAAACACCGUUGCCAGAGACCGGCUCACCCGAUAGCUCGAUGAGAAUCGAUAUGUCGGAAUCUAGCCUCGACGCUGCAUCUGAUGUAGGCGACGAUCAGAUGAAAGCAAAUAUCUCACAGACCGAUGAAAGCAAAGUAGCAGAACAACAAUCCUCUUCCCGCGGGCAACAAUGCGGAUCUAGCAAGCCUCGCGUGAGAUGCAUUGCAGACACUGUUUUGCAACACGAGCCUACCAUGAUGCGAUUGCUGGGCGCUCUCGGUCAUAGCACCGGCUCGUCUUUAGCUAUGCUCCUCGGAGAAAGUGCCGGAGCGGGGACGGCAACCGAACUCGGCGAUCCUGCUUCGAUACCGGAUGCCACGUUUCAACUUCUAACGACUCUUUCGAAGAAAGCGAGCAACCGUUCCUUAGUCCUAAAUCCGCUCUACCAAUAUCUUUCUUCAUCAUGCGGACAAAGGGAGCUGGAUCGUCAAUUGGGAGUCAUGCAGCUGUCCGAGCCACUUCUGUGGUACAUUCUGAGGGUUCUGGAUAACGAGGUCUCAUUGGCGAUGUUCACAGCGAUGGGCGGCGUUAAAGUACUCUGUGAGAAUUUGGUGAAAUCGAGCAACAGUGGCAACGCUACUUCCUCCUCGCCCGGAGUGAUCGCGAUGGUAAUGGAACAUCUUUCGAACGUUCCAAGCGGAUUACCAACCUCUUCUUCGGGCAGCAAGAAGUCUGUGAACACUUUGGAGACUUAUGAAGACGGUCUGCUGAACUUCGCACCUUUAGGGACGAUAUCUUGGUUAAAUCCAACCGCGCAAUCAGCUGACGUUCUUAUACAAAGUUCCACACCGCAUAAACGAGCACGGACGGCCGCCUGGCUUUACCAUUGCUACCCCGACGAGGCUUGGGUCGACCUUACGAUCACUUUACCUUGUGCCAUACUACUGAGGAAAGUCGAGUUGCAACCGCAUCUCACGUCUUUAGCCACGUGCCCGUCGGCCGUUGCUAUUGAGGUCUCAAGAGAAAGCAACAGUCCGCUGGCUCCCGUUUGCCCGCCAAUGCCUACGGCAGGUUUGACGUUCAUACGAAUCACGUUGUCACAACCGGAGGUGGCAACGUCCGUACUCGUGCGUUUGUACAAACCGCGAGAUUCGACGAACAUCAGUUUGAGCCAGAUAAGAUUAUUAGGUACGGCAGCAUUCGGCGAAAUUAAAACGAGUCACGAUGCUAUCGACGAAGAGCAACUCACUAAAACGAGUCUAGGCUGGUUGCGAUUGCUCCAUCAGUGUUUAUCCGUGAGCACGUUGAACAGCAACCUCGCUGUGAAAGUGCUUAAUUCCGCGGCUUCGGUCGAUGGAUUUAUCGAGGCGUGUUGCAACCUCCUGUUGCUCCCAGCUCCGUCUCUUUUCACUCCAAAUCUGGAAAGGGUAUUACUGCAACUAGGCUUGCACUCUCGAGAACUUGGACUUCGUCUUAUUGGACUUUUACUAAACAACAGGUCCACUUCGUUCUACCAAGGCAUCGGAACUACACAGGAAACGUCGACCGUUCAACUAGUCGUCGAGUUACUCCAGCAGCUAUGCUCGAUUCAAGAUUCCAGCACGGAAGCUCGCAUGAUCGCGGUGCUCUCUUGGCUUCACGCGUCAGCCGUGAAUGGGACCUCGCGGCCCAGCAAUAGUCCCAACGUUAUCAAUCCACCUGCUGUAUAUAUUCAUUGUGUGUCUUCCAUCAUAUGGGAAGCUCAUCAACAGCAGAAUCUCGAUUACGAUCUUCCAGUUCUGUUGUCCGAUGAUCUUUUCAACGCUCUGUAUCAGUGGACUCUGAUCCUAGGUACGGGUUCGGCCCUGAAACAAGCGGUGGAUUCUGUCCUUUGCGCGUUCUGCUACGUAAGACCGACGUUGUUCCCGCUACUCCUCCAGAAAGUACAAAUAUUGGUACCCAACAUGGCCACAGUUCAUUCUGCGUCUAUUUCGGACGAUCGUAAGGAAAGAGAGGGACAGACGGACGACAGAAAAAGCGAAUACAAUGGCGAGGAAUGGUACUAUCGUUACGUAUUGUCGGAAUAUAAACGAUUAAAUUUAACGGAAGGACAGCUGUUGACAGUAGCUGCGGCUGCUCGGUCCCCGCCGGGUAUUCAACAACUAAUAGAUUCCGGACUUCCUGCUUUAUUGACCGUCUUGAUCACCGACUUUUGCAACUUGGAAAGCACGCGACAAGAGCAGCCGCAAAGUAGACGAAUGUCUGCGGAAGACAGUAUGAGCAGUAGUUUAGGAGGUUUAACGGACAACGAUAAAGUCGGUGAAUCUUCAAUGGAUACGAACAGCCACAUGGGUGGAUUAUGUAUGACUGAGCCGGAAAGUAUAGCGAUGGUGUUGGAAUUCUUGACGCUCGUAUGCUCCGAAGGCAGAAUGCGGGAUUGGCUCGGGAAAGAGGGCCGUGGAUUUUGGUUACCAUUGCUCUCUCUCCUCAGUAAUCGACCUAUAGAAAAUCCAUCUCUGUCCUCGUUGAGGUGUUCGAAGACAAGCAUCUCGUACGCUUCGUUGGAAAGCGCGAUGAUCAAAUUCUUAUCGAGAUGUUGUUGGUGCCACCUCGAGAAUCAAAAGUUGUUAGCUGAAUUAUUAACAGACGUCAUAUCUCAACAACGAACGACCUCCAGCACGCGGUAUCUUCACGGAAUUUCUGGUUUCACCAGACGAUUGAUCCUGCAAUUAUUACUGGAAGGUGAGAAAGUGUUAGUAUCCGUGACUUCCGAUGCACCGAUGAAAGUUUCGAACACGGCGGCCAAUUAUAGUAUGCUGUCUAUGCCUCCGCAUCCAGCUCAUCCACUCGGUCAUUAUCAUCAACUAUUGUACAUGUCCACUCAGUCGACGGUGGCAGAUAUAUUGCAGCAAGUAUCCGGUACAUGGCUUUUUCUUCUGCUACCAAACACGUACAAGAGUAACGAGAUUGGAACGAGUAACAACCGGACGAAUAACAGGGAGGUUUGGGAAUCCGAAAUUCGUACUAUGCUGGUAGAUGCACUUAGCGUAGCAGCCGGAAAUACGGCGAAGGAUAAGAGGGCUAAAGAAGCGUCGAAUAGAUCGCAAGCCCGAGGUCCUGUUAUGAGGAGGCCACGACAUUCUCCCGAAUGCGCAGCAAGUACUAGCAAAACGUCGGCGAGUAGUAGUAAUAACGUUCAACAGAGCUCUAACAAUUCUGCCAAUCAACAAUAUUUAACACAUUCGUCGCGACCGAACACUCCCUUGCCACCGCAAUUGACCAUCGCACAACUCCUGGCUAUCGCCGAGGACAGCGGAAUAUCAUUAUCAGAACCUUGUCUACAUCUUAUAUUGCGUCAACGUAAUAAAGAUUCGAAAGAGGACAUAACGAAACAGACCGACAGCGAGUUACUGAAUUAUAGAAGUAUAGAAAGCUCGUUAGGUGUGUUCAGUGCAGGCGGUGGUUUAGCGGUACUUGCGAGGCAUUUACCGUUGAUGUACAGGGAUUCGAGACCACCGCCACCCACGAUACCGUCACCGGAGCAGACGUGCGACGAUUGGGUCAAAGUUACCGACGACGAUGUAUGGGAAGUCGUCGCGGUGCCACAAGAAGGCGGAAGCAACACCACGUCGUGGGCAUCGUCUCCGGCGGCGUACAUGCCACCGCAUUCCCUCGCCGCCUUCGGACUUUUCCUCAGACUUCCGGGUUACGCGGAGGUGUUACUAAGAGAUCGCAAACGGGCACAAUGUCUUCUACGCUUGGCCUUAGGCGUUUCGGACGACGGCGAAGGAGGCGAUGUUUUGACGUCGCCGUUAGCUGCGCUGUUACCAACGCUGCCGUUCCAAGUUUUGAAGCAACUGCUCGACGCCACUCCUGUGACCACCGACGACGGUCUGCUUCUCCGUAAAACUACCAUCGAAGUGGGUGCUAUGCUUCUAUUGCUGAAUUGCUUGGCUGUAUUUACCCAUCAGACGAGCUCGAACGAGAGCGCGGAGCAGAAAGCUGGUGGAAGUCAGGGCGAGGCGGGACGCAGCGACGACAAUUCGCAUUUAUAUUGGGCCAAAGGUACCGGGUUCGGUACCGGGUCCAUCCAACAGUCUUGGAAUGUCGAGCAAGCUUUGAUGCGGCAAAAAUCCGAAGAGGAACACGUGACAGUAUUAUUGCAAGUACUGGCUAGUUAUAUCGGUACUGGUGGUCAGACCCAAAGAGAACUCCCACUCUCGUUCCCCGAUCUGUUAGCCCGAUCGUGUUUACUACCAGCCUUGUCAUCAUACCUGAGGAACGACUCGGUACUGGACAUGGCGAGGCACAUUCCUUUGUAUCGUGCUGUACUGCAGCUGCUCCGAGCUAUGGCAUUGUCGAGUCAAUUGGCUCCUCUGCUGCUACCGAGAGGCGGUAAAUCGACCGAACCGUCCAUCGUGUCGCUGCUUUCCAGCAUGAAGGUCUGCGUCGACACAUACGUUCACAAGAUCAACCGCACCAGGAACAACAAGUCAAAAACGGUGUUCAAAUAUCUGGACGACACCGAGCAGGACGAAGGUCUAGCGACGUUGAUUCCCGACAUUCAAGAAAGCGCUACUAUAGUGCAAAACGCUACCUCGAGAUUGUCGGGAAUCGAGGAAGAGUUACCCGGUCCCAGUCCCACGUCUCUCGAAUUGCCUUUGCGCUCCAUCGAACAACGAUACAUCGAAGUUAUGAAGAACUUACAGUUCGACACGUUCGAAAUGAUCACCGAGAAUCCGGAGGCUGGCGGUUACAAGUUCGCCGUGUCUUAUCAUUUCGAGUCGACUAUGAGGGCAGCCGGCGAGAGAAGUCACCCCAUGAGGGUGAAGAGAUUAGCGCAGGAGGCAGUCACGCUCUCCACGGCGUUGCCUCUAUCGUAUAGCAGCAGCGUUUUCGUCAGAUGUGACGCGGACAGAUUAGACGUGAUGAAGGUACUCAUAACAGGGCCUGCGGAAACACCAUACGCGAAUGGAUGCUUCGAAUUCGACGUGUACUUCCCUCCGGAAUAUCCUAACAGUCCGAUGUUAAUUAAUUUAGAAACUACUGGACGCCAUACUGUACGGUUCAAUCCGAAUUUGUACAACGACGGAAAGGUCUGUUUGAGCGUGCUGAACACGUGGCACGGCCGUCCUGAAGAGAAAUGGAAUGCACACACUAGUAGUUUCCUGCAGGUCUUAGUAUCGAUACAGUCGCUGAUCUUAGUAUCGGAGCCUUAUUUCAACGAACCAGGAUACGAACGGUCACGGGGUACAACGCGCGGGGCUCAGUCUAGUCAAGAAUACAACGCGAACAUUUGCCAGGCCACCGCCAAAUGGGCGAUGCUCGAUCAAAUUCGCAAUCCAUGUCCCUGUUUCAAAGAGGUGAUACACACUCACUUUUGGAUAAAGAGACACGAGAUCGUUGCACAACUGGAAGGAUGGAUAAGGGAUAUGGAAUUGCACGGAUCGGAUCGCAGAUUCGGCCGCACUCUUUCUCUAAACGCGUUAGCUUUAAGAAGACACUACAGUCUGCUGAGGGAAGAGUUGAGCAAGCUACCAACUCCCGAAGGUCUAGAGGAUUUGGUAGAACCGCUCGCGUCUCCGGGCUCGCCGAUCGAACUUUCCGGGAUGCCGGGUACACCGAGCACGCCACCAGGUGCAACGAGCACGCCACCAGGUGCAACGAGCACGCCGCCGGGUACAACGAGCACGCCAACGUCGACAGUGCAACCGAAGCUUUUCACACCGAUCAGCAACUCCGUUGGUCCCAUCGGCAACGCCAGUGCCAGUAAUCACGUACAUCACGAUAUCGACACGGACGUUGAGAUGGAGAAGAUGGUUUCGAAAGUGUGUGAAUAGCUAAAGGAUGUUAAUAGACAUUGUUGGACAUUUUGAAAAGUCUAUAUUGUUUGUGUUAAUCGACGAACGAAAAAAUUAACGGGCUGACCCGAGAGGCGAAGAGAGGCGGGAAGUCUUAGUACUGUGGUCAAAUUUUCAGUUGAUUGACGGAUGAAUCAAGAUGAAUGGAAAACUGAUCACUAGUAUCUUUCCGUUGAAUACAUUUGACGAUAUAAGACGAAACGAUAAUUCGAGAGGAACGAAGAGGAUGCGAUGAAAAUAGUAUGUGUGAGUGUGUGUGAAAUGUGAAAUGGAUGAAUCGGCGAGAGAGAUUCGCAAGUGUACCUAUGUAGAGAGUGCGUGUUCGAAGAGAGGAGAAGAAUGGAGAGAGAUUGACGAGAUGCUAAUAGAGAAAACGAUAAGCGCGGGAUAAGUAGCCAACGAUUAAACAAAAGUAAAAGAAUCUAGUAUGAAUGUGAAAAACUCUUGUGUAGUAGAUACUCUCUGUGGCUACUGCUAUUCUAUAUGUAUGCUGCAUUCUACUACUUCGUAUUACUAUAAGUAACAACUGUUAUUCGAUAUUUAUUAUACGUGUUCCUCGUUUACGUAGCCGGUAUCCCUCCCUCUCUAUCAUGCAAUGCGACUGACUUUAAAUGACACGCGAACCGGGUUCCGGUAAAGUGGAAUGAAAAACGAGACGGUUUUGAUAACGAGCGCGAUACGAUACGGAACAACGAUACGAAAUUCAUUUUAUCGAUCGAACAGCUACGGAUAAUAUCGAAAUAAACAGACGAAAUCGCGCGCGAUCGCGGACAGCGUAAUUACACAGACCUUCUUCACGGCAAUGACGAUUUCGUGCCAGUCGACUAAUUUUAUGACCGCCGCUCUUUUCGUUACGGACAGUUCACGAUCCCGUUUGUUCGUUGCGCUUUUCAUAUUUCCGUUGUGAAUCGUCUCAACUGUUGUUUAGCUCAGCGUCGCAUUGCGCUCAAUUCGCGAGUAGAGAUGAUAAUAACGAUGCAGAAAAUUGAAACGCAUAAUGCAGUUAGCACUUGAUACGUGUGCGCAGUGUGAUUUAAUAUAUUUAUCGUGCCUGCAUCAAUUGAAACGGUCCGCACUUGUAUUUUUUACAGAAGAUAAGAAGUAGAUUAAAAAACAAAAAAAUACAAAAAUCACAAAAAAAGGAAGAAAUUACGCGUUCGGCGUUUGGUUGAAAAUAGUUUCGAGAAACGAUCGAACAUUUUUCAACACCUGUUUCCUUUUCAGCGAUUUCAUCGAAUAACGACAAGACCAGGUUUUAUUUCAAAGCUGCUUUGCGUUCUAUAAAAGUUAAAAAAAAUAAUAAUUGACAUUUGCCUUCGAGCAACGAUACGUUUUUCUUUUUUCAAUUGUUCUUUCUCUUUUGUUUUUAAUAUAUAAUUUCUCUUUUCCUUCUUUUUUAACUGAUUAAAAGCGAAAACAGUGGAUCAAUACACAGAUCUGAUAGUUUCGCAUAGAUAAAGAUAGAGCUGUGGAUAUUCGGAUCGAUCCGAAAUACCGUUGCAUUUGAUAAAACGAUGUUUCACGAAAAAGGAGCAAAAAUAAAACGGCGAUGGUAUUAUCUAAGGCGCAGCAACCGUAGCGUCGGCGAUUAACGAAAACGGGACACGCGAUUCGGAUUCCUGCUCCGUAUAAUUAGUAUUGCCCCGUUCUCUAAUCAGCGAGAUAUAAUUACGGUUAGUUGUAAAAUUUACUGGUCGAACUUUUUUGCGCCACCAGUAUAUCGAUGAUCGUUCUUUCUGUAAAUAAUCGUGACACGAAUAACUAUACCGUAUUACCAGUAAAUGUUUGUAAUUCCGAAGUAACUGGAUAAACAAAAAAAUGCUCCAUUGUAACGUAUAUUAUUGCAUGGAUUCCUAAGCAAUGAACGAAGCAAAAACAAAAAAGUAACACGUAAGAUGUACGUAAAAUGGAAAACGUGUUAAUAGUUAUUUAUAAUAAACGAUUAUCACGCCAGUC